GCCAGAUUCAAGCUGCGGCCGGCGGGGAGCGGUUGGCGCCGCGGCCGUUGUGCGGCGCCGGGAUGGAGGCGAUGACCUUCCCCCGCUACAGCCCCGACGAUAUCAUCAGUUACCUCCGCAGCCACGUCCUGGCGGGCGCCGAGGCCCGGAACCUGGUCAAGAGCGACGUGUUCGGUAACCCCAAGUCUGAAGUUUUACACAUGAUUUACAUGAGAGUCCUGCAGAAGGUGUAUGGAAUCCGCCUGGAGCAUUUCUACAUGAUGCCAGUCAACGUUGACAUAUUGUAUCCACAAAUAUUUGAAGGCUUUCUACCUGUUUGUAAUUUGUAUAUUCACAUGGAGCGCUUACUUCCAGUGUGCCGGAUUAAUGACUUUCAAAUUGCUGAUGUUUUAAACCCAAAAACAAAAAGGACAGCUCGCUUCUUGAGUGGCAUUCUCAACUUUGUGAAUUUCAGAGAAUUGCGACGUGAGGUCUACUUGGAGUUGCAACUGAACUAUAAAUCGGCUGUGGAGAAACACCAGCAGCUGGAGACUGCAAAUCGUGAGGCAGCAGUGAAGCUGGAGAAACUGAACACCGUUCCAGUUGAACACCAAGCAGAGGUCAAGCAACUGACAGAUAACAUUCGAGAACUGGAACAACUGCUAAGGCAAGACUAUCGUCGGAAACAAACAGCUUUGCAAGAAGUGAUUUCGCAAAAGAAGUCAGAUAUUGCAGAGAGUACCCGAAAACUGAAUGACCUUAAAGUGACAAUGGCUACUUUGAAAGAAGAACAAGAGCAGCUGAAAUCAAAAAUUGUGGAGAGUCCAGAGGAACUGAAAAAUUACAAAGAACUGAUGAAAGAGACUGUUAAGAAACUCAAGAAAUCCAAGCAAGAAAUUAUUGAGAAAUAUGAAGGUUAUAGAGACCUAGUUGAGGUUCUGCCGUCAUGCCAACUGGAGGUGCAGUUAUAUCAAAAGAAGAUGGAAAGACAGGGAACAAAUGUGGAGAGACUGGCCAGCGUAUUAUCAGAGGUCAGAAGUCUGGAGGACCAGCUUGAGAGUGCUCAGAUAGAGCUGAAAAAGGGGAAGACAGAUGAAAUGUCCUUAAAGAGACUGGUCACUGCAAAACAUGAGAAGCUGUCUACAGCUGAAAUAAGGAUAAAAAAGAAGCGUGAAGAUGUUGAGCAAUAUAAGCACACUGUAUUUGAAUAUUGUAACAGAGUUCAGGAGAAGAGGGGUGCUGUAUAUGAUAAAGUCACAGCCAUUCACAAGGAAAUCCAACAGAUAAGGUUCAAAAUUCAGCAGCUGAAUGAGAAUGCUGAAAAAGAAGAAAUGAAAGCCAAGGAAAUAUACCUAAAUCUGAAGGCUGGGUUGGAGAAGCGUCAUGACUCUCUCAUUAAGACAGCAGAGAGUUAUGCAGCCUCAAGAGAAGAUAAAAUUGCUGAACUGAAGAAGGGGCUGUUUAGAGUUCAGACUCCUGGAAGUAGUUCUUAGACCUGUCUUCACUUGUAUUCUACUUUCAUGAUGUUUACCCUCAUAUCUGAACAAAGCUUGUGCUUUGUACGGGAUGGAUAAUUAUUCCAGGCAAAAGCCAGCUUUCUCAAAAACCAUGUCGGAACACAUUUAACUUUCUAGACAGAUCUUGAUGUUGUGAGGUUGCUAAUGUGGAUAAGAAAACACUUGGUUUAGCCUGUUUGUAUUGUUUCAGUCAGUACCUGAUUUUUAGUGGUAAUAAUGCAAGCCUUGCGAACACCAAAUUGCUCGACAUUUAGAUAGAAUCCUGCUUUUUGUAGAAACUGUUCUGCAAACUUUGAUCUGGGAAGACCUGGCGCUUUGGUCUGGCCUGAGUGGACACAAGAUAAGUCAGUAAUGGGUGAUAUUCCACUACCAUUAUUCAAUUAAGAUUAAAUCCUGAUGGAGCAGUAGCAUCCAUGUAAAUGCCAAUUCUCCUUGUGAUUAUUGGUGACUGUAAACACUCAAGAGUAUCAUUCUGGUUAACGGUACAGUACCUCUAGAUGCUUGAAUUCGCUGUUUCUGCUCUGAGGUAUUGAACCUUCAUCUGUGUUUACUAGGAAGUCUGUGUUUGGGUGCUUAGUGCUAUAAAAAAAAACCCCUAUAGAUGAGUGUUUUGUACCAUAACUUGUGAUGGCACUCAGUUUGCCACGGUGUUUUUAAUUAUUUCAAGAAAUAAAAGAUUCAUUUUUUAAAUAGUUGAUAUAUAAGGAUAUUUAACCCUAUUUCUCUUAUGUCUCCCCACUCUCCCAACUGACUUGACAUAACAUUCCAAGUUAAAAACUUCAGUUGUACAUUUGUAGGCAUGUGUACUACUAAAAGCUUUUUAUAAUGAAGGAAGCCUGUAUAGAUAAUAUCUUUCUGGUUUUGUUUAGUUCAAUUUGUUUAAUUUUUCUUUAAAGCUUCUCAUAGAGGUUUCCCAUUUCCACCAAAUAUAGUCUGUGUGAUAGGGCAGUGAGCGUAUAACACCACUCACUUGAAACCAUGAAGCUUACUCUUCAUCCCAGUCCUGCAAUGUUGUGCAACAGCAUCUGGUGUAGAGACCAGCAGAAGUCUAACUGCUAAGGUAGCAGAUUUUUCCCCCAAGAGCUAAAUAUGUUAAAUACCUAUAAGGCACAGAAAAGUUCUUUGUGGAUUUCAUACACUAGGCCACAUGUGGAAUAAUUAGUGAUGUUUUGGGUAUUGUGCUUUGGGAGUGAGUUUUCUAAUGAAUAUCUCCUUCUGUGCUGUGUUAAAGCAGCAUGUUCUCCAUGUGCAGGUGUGCUCCACUCCUUUGCCAUAACAUAGAUUCUAGCCUGACACAGAUACUGUCUAUGGGAAGAUGUUGUUUCUUGUUGGCAGCACUUGCUAACGAACUUGGUGUCUGUUGUGGUUCAGCCCCAGCUGCAGCUGAGCACCACAUGGUUGCUUGCUUGCUCCUUCUGCCCUGGUGGGAUGGGGAGGAGAAUUGGAAUAAAAAGCCAAAACUCGUGGAUUGGGAUAAGGACAGUUUACUGGGACAGCCAAGGGAGAGGAAAACAGCAACAACAGUACUUAGAAUGUAUGGAGCGGGUGAUACACAAUGCGGUGUGCUUGCUGCCUGGAACCUGAUGCCCAGCUUGUCCCGGAGAAGUGAUCCCUCCUCCCUGGCCAGCUCCCCCCUCAUAUACUGAGCAUGAUGCCCUAAGGUAUGGAAUAGCCCUUUGGCCAGUUUGCUCUGCUGUCCUGGCUGGGUCCCCUGCCAGCUGCUUGUGAAAAUUAACUCUAUCCCAGCUGAAAAUCAGGACAAUGUAAGUGCAAAACUGUGAUAACUUUUUUUUUUAAGUAUUUCCAGACUUCUAAUGCUAUGAUGUUCUUGUAGACAGAUGGCAAGGCUUGUGUAGAGAUUUUUCCUGAGCUUUUUUGAUAUCCCUGCUUCUCAUGUCACUCUAGCCUAUGUCCCAGCUUGAUAAGAUACUGGAAGCCAAGCUUUCCUCCUCUACCUUUUCUGAGAAUUUUGGGGUGUGGCUUAUUCUUUUUGUUUUAGUGAUGCUAUAAUGAUUCAAAGUAAACUCAUGUGACUUGGUAUUCUAAAAAUAUAGCAGUAGCAUCUACUUCCUCACAAAGACUGGUUGGAGGUUGCGUUCCACAGCCUGGAUGUUACAGCAGCUCUUGGGAAAGAAAUUCCCAAAAGCUUGAAAUAAAUACUGCAGGGGAUUACUCCAGCUAGCAGAUGAUUUUGAUGGGAUAAGCUUACUGUCCUUCAGGAAACUGUGUAUAAAGAUCAAGACUUUUAGGCUAGAGAGAUCAUGCUUGUAUAGCCCAGUGAUGAGGAAUUUGUAAGACAAAGAAAAUGCUGGAUUCUGGUUCCUGCUCUUGGAUUUUUGUAACACCAACUUUUGGGUAAAAUAAAAGGCCACAAUUCACGAAGAAACAAAACUUCUGAUUUCCGGGAACAGGUUUGUGUGUUUCCAAUUGGCUCUUGUGCCUUGAGUGGCCUAUUUGUUUGUACCUAAAGUACCUAUAAAUAAAAC